UAGGACUCCAGCGCACUGAGCCCAGUCCCUCUCAUCCUCCGCAGUCACUCCCAGCAGAUGCACUUACACACACACACACACACACACACACAGAGGACCAUAAAACACUUGCUUUUCACUUACCAAGCAGGAAAAGGCGAUUUGCUGAUGAUAUAGAAAGAUGCAAUUCGUCUGGGAUCAAAUUAAAACACAAUCUCAAAUUUAAAGUGAAAGGCAGUUUAAAAAAAAAAAAAUUUAUGCAGAUUUUUCCUUCUUCUGGGCCUUAGCCUACAUGAUGAGUGAAAGGGCUUUCCUGUGCGUAAUUUGGUGCGUGUUUUUGGCGUUAUGUUCAACUGCCCCAAAGGAGUGCGCAGGCACGGCCAUACCUGCGGACACUAAUCCUGGGAUUAACCCCGAACAUAAAAAGGACCUUGGAGAUGAGAAUGACACGCUACAGGAAGAGAUGGACACGCAUCAUAACAUUCUGACUCAGCUGCUGGGUGAUUAUGACAAAGUGAAAGCCCUCUCGGAAGGCUCUGACUGUCGCUGUAAAUGUGUUGUCAGACCCCUGAGCAGGAGCGCCUGCCGGCGGAUAGAAGAGGGCAGCGGCACGGCGCAGGACUACUACACCGUAGAGACUAUCACCUCGGGGCCAGAGUGCAAGUGCGCCUGCAUCGCUCCUCCCUCGGCGGUCAAUCCCUGCGAGGGGGACUUCAGGUUGAAGCAGCUACGGGAAUCUGGGAAGGAUAACAUCAAGCUCUCCAUGAUUACUGAAUUGCUGGAGGGAUCCUUCUAUGGCCUGGAUCUCCUGAAGCUCCACUCCGUCACCACUAAGCUCCUGGACCGCGUGGAAAACAUUGAAAAGAACCAAGCAGUCUCUCAGAACCACAGCCAGGAUGAGGCUGGUCCAGGCCAAGAGAGGAGACCCUCUAUCCAGCCACAGCAGGUGAAGGAGACACCAUCCCCCUCACUUCCCCUGAGGCAGGAGAAGAAGAGACUGAGUGAUGUGGCUACAGCCUAUCAGAAUAAAGAGGAGAGCCACGAGUCCCCCAGACCCUUAAUUAAGACGGAUGCUUCAGAACCAGGACCCAGCCCCACCCCUCAGGUGACUGCCCAGGUGAUCCCAGAGGUGACCCCCAAGGAUGGGGCCAGCCAACAGAGCCAGAGGGUGUCCCAGGGGGUGAAGACUGGCCCCAAAGGGAUGGUGAUCAGGGGGAUGACCUUCUACAAAUUUGACCAAAUGGUGGCUGAUGACGGGGAGCCAGGGGAGAAUUUCUUUGAGUAUGAUACGUUCAGUGGCGACGGUCCAGUCAACCACCUCAUCGAGGAGCAGCUUAUUCAGCACAGACCCCCUCAAAGAGCCAAAGGGAAGGCGGGACCAAGAGCUGCUCGGCCAAAGAGCAGAGACCAAGUGGGAGGGGCCACGCAGACCAGCCAAUCAACACAUCCCAUCCAAACGCAACCCGACACUGUAGCAACAGUGACUUCUAAGACGACUGCUUCGCCUAUAGGACAUACAGCAGAGAGCCAGACAGUCACCGCCACCAGGAACGCUGAUAUUAACUCAGCCAUGGCUGAGACCUCUGGUCAGACCACUGGUCAGACCACCACUAGAGGAAAUGAGAGGCCCAUCCCCAUGAUGGUCAAACCAGCCAGCAUCACUCAGACCACAGAGGGACCAGUCACUACAACAACCACUCCGGUAUCCAUGGAGACCAUGAGGCGGACGACAGUCAGACCGACUGACACACCUGUCAUGGCCUUGGAAAGCACUGGUUUGGAAUCACUCAGGGCAUUGGAAGUGAAAAACAAAAGACUAUCAGAGACCAUUGCAAGCACUAGUACAGUCGACAAGCUCAACACUCAAAGACUAACAGUAACUACAGAGGCUUCGACCAUCAACACAAAGACCACUACAGUUGGCACGACAACUGCUGCCAUGACAAUAACUCCUAAAACGCCCACAACAACGGUCUUGCUAGCAACUACCGCAUCGCCAAUGGAAAGCUCUAGGCUGACUUUGUCUCCCACAACACAGAGGCAGACCACCCCCUCCUCCACUAGACCACCAGCCACCACCACCACCUCUACUACCACCACCACCACCUCUACUACCACCACCAUUGGCCAGCCUCAGCCUGCCAGACGCAGGUACAGCAUCAGUUGGGAGGAGGAGAAGGGGACCCCUGAGGACCCAAAGGAACCAGGACAACAAACAUCCACCAGGAAGCUUGGAGAGUGUAAGGACACACUGUCCACCAUCUCUGAGCCGGUCCUCCAUAACACCUACGGCCGGAACGAGGGGGCCUGGAUGAAGGAUCCUCUGGCCAACAACGACAAGAUCUACGUCACUAACUACUACUACGGAAACAACCUGCUGGAGUUCCGCAACAUGGAGACCUUCAAAUCAGGCCGCUUCACCAACUCCUACAAGCUUUCCUACAACUGGAUCGGAACGGGCCAUGUGGUCUACGACGGAGCCUUCUACUACAACCGAGCCUUCUCCCGUGACGUCAUCAAGUUUGACCUGCGUCUGCGCUACGUGGCGGCCUGGACCACGCUGCACGACGCUGUGUUCCACGAGGUCUCCACACCAUGGCAAUGGCGAGGUCACUCCGACGUCGACUUCGCAGUGGACGAGAGCGGCCUGUGGGUCAUCUACCCUGCACUGGACGAUGAGGGCUUCCUACAGGAAGUGAUCGUCCUGACGCGGCUGAACCCCUCUGACCUCAGCACCCAGAGGGAGACUACCUGGAGGACGGGCCUCAGGAGGAACCGCUAUGGGAACUGCUUUAUCGUGUGUGGCGUCCUGUACGCCGUCGACAGCUACAACGAGAAGGACGCCAACCUGUCGUACGCCUUCGACACGCACACCAACACCCAGAUGGUUCCCAGGAUGCCCUUCACCAACAACUACACCUACACCACACAGAUCGACUACAACCCCAAGGAGGGAAAGUUGUACGCCUGGGACAACGGACACCAGGUCACGUACAACGUCAUCUUCGCCUACGUUUACCCCUUGUAAGAGGUCGGGAAAAGGUCACUUUGUUUUUGUAUAAAAUAAUUACCGGAAGUGAAAAGAGCAAAGAGAUUCUAUGAGUUGAAGUGGAUUGUAGACCAGUCCUCCUGGCCACUCAUGUCAGCCUUUUAUAAAGAUUGCUGUUCUGUCACCGUGUUUGAUUUGUUUUUAUUGACCUGACAAUUUGUUUAAACAGUAGAGAAGCUACAAUAUGCAAAACUGUUGCCGUAGUCUAAGGAACAUAUGUUGUAUAUAUACUGUAAUAUAAACCAUUGUGAGAGAAAUGAAUGUACUGUAGAGGAAUGCAACAUUGCACUCAAGACUUGGGCUAUAGAUGAAGACAUUACUUCACCAAAACAGUUAGUUCCCAACCAUGACAACAGCAGUGUGGGUUAAAAUGUCACUAGAUAUUUUGUUUUAUACUCAUUUGUUUACCUUCAGUGCCUCCAGAAAGUAUUCAGACCCCUGGACUUAUUCCACAUGUUGUUGUAUUACAGCCUGAAGUCAACAUGGAUUAAAUACAUUUUGGUUUCUUACCCAUCUACACAAAACACCUGAUA